UCCAACCCUUCCCACUUUGACAACUCUUUUCUCUCCAAGAUCCCUAACAACCGCCUCCCUUGUUAUUUACAAACCUAUACACCUGCUCAUAGCCUUCGUGCAAUCCCUCUUUGCUGUUCUACCGCCUAGCACAAUCAGUUUUUUCGACUCUCGAUCGACUCCCACAUCACAAAACAAUGGCCGCUCCCACAGCUCAAGCUUCCAAGAAGAAGGUCGCCAAGGCCCUCGAGCGCACUCACUCGCCUGCCCCUAGCAGCGUUUCCUUCGAUAAGACUGCCGACGAGAGUGACGAUGGUUUCGAGAGCCCCUACAUUAAGGAGCUGCACAAGAAUAUCCGAAACGUUACCAAAAAGAUUUCCAACGCCUCCAAGCUCGAUGCCGUCUUGAAGAGCCAUCCAGGCAAAUCACUCGACGAUUUGGUCGCUUCCAAGGUGAUCAAUGGAGAUCAGAAGGCCCAGAUCCUCAAGAAACCUACCCUCCAGGCUCAGUUGGCUCAGUUCGAGGAGCAAGUAGCACAAUACCAGAAGAUCCACGACCAGUACCGCGCCCAAGCCGAGUCCGACAAGGCUUCUGUAGACAAGGCUGUUGCGCAAGCUAGAACUGAAGCUCUGGCUGAAGCAAACGCAGCUUUCGAGAAGAAGCAGCACGAUGGUUUGAUGGUGGUUUCACAGUUCUUGCGACUGGCUGCCUACCGCCGAGAGGAGGCUGCCGACCCUGAGUCGGAUGAGACUCAGGCUAUCGAGGGUGUCCUGUUGGCUAUUUAUGCGGGCGACGAGUCGGCUGUCUCAUCGCUACUUAAGCUGGUAAACGGCACCGAUGACAAGGUCAUCAGCGUUCCUGGACAGCUCCUCAACACAGAUUACGCAACUAUCAAAACACUUGCCCAGGGAUACAAGGCCCCCGGAACUGUGGAAGAAGCGCCUGAAACCGAGGCGGCCCCGGUUGAGGCCACCACCACGGCUACUGAGACCGCCGCUGAUGUCCAGGAGGCACCCGCACCUACAGAAGAGCCAGCCAACACCGCUAGCAACGGCUCAGCAGAUAACGCUACCGACCUGUCCAUCUCCCAGGAAUGGAUUGAUGUCAAGGGUGCUGAAGGAGAUACCGGAGAGUCGAGCAUGACCGCCAGCCAGAGCUGGGCAGAUGAUCAGCCAGAACCCGCACCCAAGCCUGUUGCCGACCCUAACGAUGGUUUCCACGAGGUUCAGCGCAACAAGGUACGCCACGAGCGUGAAGGCAGCAACGCCCGUGGUGGUGGCCGUGGCCGUGGUGGUCGUGGUGGUAGAGGAGAUGGACGCGGUCGUGGCAGAGGCAACAACCGCAGCUCUGGAGUUCCCUCUCGCGGCCCACGCCGAACCGACGAAUAAACAACAACCAACUUGAACACUUGUCUAUUCGUUGGACCAAAUUCGUGGAGAAUGAGAGCACGAGAGUAUGAUUGCGAGGAUGGCGAGUGUAAACAAAAGCAUAACGGCGUUUACGGCAAUGAGACCCCUUGAUUUGUCUUUAUGUAUUUUUAGGAGCAUUAAUGAUUCGCAGUGAUGCAUAAAAAUAACUACAUUAUGAACUAAGAUUAGUCUUCUAGUCCCAUGUGAUAGAACAAAAGUAUAAAAAAUUAUGGCGAAUAUCGGAAUUCAUUCCAGCUCUAGAUCGUGCGAGAAGCACGUAUAAUGUGUAUUAAGGACUGUUUUCUUUCAGUGGGGC